AUGAGACAGUGUAUGCAAAAUAUAAGCUGUGGUGGAGGAGGUGGCUGUUACACGCCCGCACAGAGGUGUGAUGGGGCGUCACAGUGCGGGGAUGGCUCAGACGAAGCUUCUUGCACUCCGCAGCUGUGCCAUCCACAGCAUGGUGCCUUUUUGUGCGCAAACCGGCGCUGCAUUCGCGAAGCCUGGAGGUGUGACCAGUUCAAUGACUGUGGGGAUGCCAGUGACGAGGAAGAUUGCCACAGAAAUUCAGUGAUUGUGGCUGCUGCUAUGGGAGGUUUGGUAUGUUCCCUGCUCUUAGUAAUUGCCGUGGGCUGCACGUGUAGGCUGUAUGCUCUGCGUGUAGGUCUCGGACGUCAGCACAGUUACCAGGGUGGUCGGCGCUCUACUCAGCUUGCCCCUCUGUCUCGACUUGAGCAGCACCUUCUUCAGAGGGAACCACCACCAUCCUACUCCGUGGCCAUCAAUGAUCCAUCUACAUCGUUGUGGACACUGAGCAGACAGUGGAGGAGGCACCGGCGCUGUGCCCCCGCCCCCCCGGAUGGCCUGGUGCCUGGCAUGCCUGUGGCAGUGAGAGGCAGACUGGCACCCAAUCCCCCGUGCCAUCGUGAUCCAGGCUCAGGCCAGUUGCCAGCCCCAAGUCAACUCUCAGGAACAGGAGGGCGGAGAAACAGCAGGAGCAGUGACGAGAAGGAGAGCGAAGAGGAGGGCAAAGUUAACGCAGGCCUCUCAGUGCCCGUUGAAAGACAGGUAACACUGAGUGAUAGAAACGAAAGAAGACGUCCCACUCCUUUCAGCCAUAGGGGACACAGAUGA